AUGGCGAGUGUGGGAAGUCGGUUUUUACCUGCGGCUACUAGUACGCCAGCACAUGUGUCUGUCGACCCUAGAUCGAAUCUGGACCGUUCUCACGGUUCCGCACGUUCUCGUCGGAAGCGGGAACGGUUACCUCAGCACAGGAUAGAAACUAGAACAGAGGUUUUGGUUGCUGCUGAUCGAAAUAUGCGGUCUAUCAACAUGUCCAACCCCAACAACAACAACAACAACAAUAAUAAUAAUGCUAUCAGUAACAGCAAUGCUAAAGGCAAAAAGAGAAGAAAUGUAUCUAGGUUGAUUGCAGCUGAGAUCCGGUAUCUCCAAAGGACUACUGAUCCCCUUUUACGGCGUGCCUCCUUCGCAAGAGUUGUGCGCUCUAUAGCUCAAAGGAUGGACUUUGAGAAUGCGCUCGAAAUCCGAUGGCAAGCCACAGCACUGGAUUGUCUUCAGGAGGCAGCUGAGGCUUUUAUCGUGGACUUCUUUUCUUUUGCCGCGAGGGCGGCUGCGCAUGCCCACCGUGUAACUGUUAUGCUCGCUGAUAUUCACUUCAUCUCGCAGUUCUACCACAUGCUUCUUUCCAUCAUGAGCCCUCGUGAGAAUUUCCGUCGUGGUGACCUUAUUAUCAUCAGUCCUUACCUGGACAUUUGGUCAUGA